CAUAGAGCUGCAGACCCGGGAGCUGAACAGCCAGAUCCGGUCGGGGGUGUACGCCCACCUGGCUGCUUUCUUCCCGUGCAGUAAGGACACCCUGGUCAAGCGUGCCCGUAAGCUUUACCUCUACGAGCAGGGUGGCCGAUUGAAGGAACCUCUACAGAAGCUAAAGGAAGCCAUUGGAAGGGCCAUGCCAGAGCAGAUGGCCAAGUACCAGGAGGAAUGCCAAGCCCACACUCAGGCCAAGUUUGCCAA